UAUGAAAAGAUAACCAUAUCGUCUUGUUCCGUUGUUCGUCCGUCGUCUGUGUUGCUGUUGUUCGAUUAGGGUUCGCAGAGUUCCAAUUUCCUUUCAUUUCUUCGCUGCACGCUCACUACGGUCCCAUACCUAGCUUGCUCCAAAUUAAUGCGUUAUUUCGAUCCAUAAUUCUCUACAUCCAACCCUACAAUACAACAUCGCAUUUCCUCUGUUAGUUACUUGCCAAAUCGGAAGCAGUUUUGGAUACGUUCUUGUCGAGUGGAUAAUUUGGCGGUUAAAGACAAAAAAUGGCUUUUGUUGCCCAUCAACCGCAGGGCUUGUAUGUGACAUUUUCCUCAAGGCAUUUGACAUGGAGCAAAAGGCUGAAAUUGAAGCAGUGUUUAACAAAACGUCACUUGAUUGGAAGAGCUGAUUGGAAUUACAUACUAAAGCACACUAUUUCUUUAAGUGUAGGGCCUCCUUGUAUUUGUGGAUCCAAGGUUAAACCUUUAUGGAUAGCAGGCUUCAAAGGCAAUGCCCAAAAUGAUGAUUCAGUAACGGGAGCUAAUGGAUUGAAGGUCCCCAGGACCUCUGUUAGACUGGAAGAGAGUGGGAAAAUCAAAUCGGAAUCUUCAAUGGCCCACAAUGUUCCUCUCUCUUAUGCCUCUGAAGCAAAUGAGAGCCAUGCAACAUCCCAUGGUAUUCAUAAACUUUUCAAAAAAUGGCUGACAUUGUUGUGCACACCACCUUCAAAUCAUGGAGUGCAGGAAAUUUCGGGAGAACCGCCUCCACGGGUUUUACCAGAAACUCUACAAGGGAUACAAAGGACUGACAAAGGUCGGACUUUGAAGGUGGCAUGGUCCCAAUUUCUAGCCCUGGAUGCAACAAUAAAGAUCCCUUUCUUAAUAUUUGCUCCUUUCUUCCUGGCUGUUAAUGUAAUUUAUGGUGCUGAAGUGUCGAAGGAUUUAACUCCUUUAUGGGUUUUGGGGCCAAUAGUUGUGGCUCUCUACAUCAUGAUAGUUCGGAAGCUGUGUGCACUCUAUGUCUUCAGCUUCAAGCAGACUGUCAAAAUACUUAAGAAUUUACCCUCUUACUGCAUUUUGGCCUACAGCUAUAUUUUUUGUGGCAAGCUCAAAGAAGAUAUCAAAGCUCAUAUUUUGCAGCCUAUUUGGAACAUAAAAAAUACAGAUUAUAAAGAGCUGACUAGAAAAAAGUUGAAAGAAUUGGCAAAUUGGAUAGUAGAGAAGUAUCUUGAUUUUGUGGAAUCAAUAUGGCCCUAUUAUUGUCGGACAAUCAGAUUUUUGAAGAGGGCUAAUCUUAUUUAAAUUUGAGAAUAAUUUUGACGGUAGUCUUCGGGAGGGUUAAGAGAGCGAAAAAAUUGGGGAGUUUUGAAAUGAGAGUUGGCCAAUCCCAUUUUGUGCUGAGGUCUUGGUGUUUUUAGCGAUUUAAUGGUUACGAGGAAGGAAGUUCCUGGUUCCUGUUAUCUUGAAACGUUAUUUUCUUAGGUUAGGUUAUAACUGUAUCGCUUUGUAAGUAUGGGGUUGUAUAUUAGAUUGAUUCGAUAUGUUAUUGGUCAUUUGGCAUGGGUUCUUUCCAACCCCAAUUCUUCAACCCCCUUACCCCCUUCUUGUUUUCUUGCUUAAGAGUUGUGUAUUAUGUAGCAUCCUUUGCAGAGGUGGCAGAGUAUUGCACUUCACUCCAUGCGUUGACAGCGUUGUUAAACACUGAACUGGUCGAAAGAUGGCUGAAACAUUUCUAUGUCGUGCGGCUUCUGUAUCUCAUUGGCUGUAGAAUCUAGAAUCUGGAAAAGAGUAGGGCUUGUAGAAUGAUCUAACAUAUUAAAGGAAGAUGGCCGAGACAGAGAACAAUUUUGUUCCUCUUUUGUUGUUUUCGUCUUAUUUUAUUAUUUAAAAAUGGAAACAGGAUUAGGGAAUUUAAAUGCCCUACCUUGACCAACUAUAUAUUGGAAG